AUGGAUUUUCAUCUGGUCACCCGUUGUGGAAGACUCCUCGAAGGUAUUACGAGACGGAGAAACAGUAUCAGGAAGGCCAGCGUGCAUCAACUGCAGCGUGGGAGCAGUGGAAGAGAGAAGUUCGGUGACGUAGAUAUCAGCAGGACUCUAUGGUUCGACCCCGAUGGCGAUGAGUUCGGUCUCGGUUUGCAGGACCUGCGUGAUCGAGUUUCUGCAUCUGAACAUGCCAAUUCGAGUCUCGUACGCAUAAAUUCAUCGCCCUCAAAGGACGAACGCUGGAAAUGGCUCCAGGAGGUCCGAAAAGCUCCGCCAGUUCUGGCAAUAAUUCUGAAUUGCCUGGAAUCAGAUACACGCCGAGAUGAAAGGAAGGAGAAGUUGUUCGAUCUCUGUGACGAUGUCGUCGCUUCCCAGACCAUCAGAGGACCAACGAUCUCACAUCACACUCAAGAUUUCGUUGCACCAGUUCAUCCCGAGGGUCAAGCUAAGAUGGGAGAAAACUCGAUCCAACAACCUCCCACCGGGGUAGCUGUCCGCGACUUCGCCGUUUGGACUGAGAACCAAGAACGUGCAAUACCUCAAAGACCGCGAAGACCUCCACAACAGAUCACCGCUCCUGCUUCCGCAUCCCCACAAACAGCACUAUACAUAGCCGGAGGAGAGCGACCUCCGGCAUACAAGACUGAAGCACCUUCGGUUCCUCCUGCUGCCAAUUUUAUGCCACGGGAUGCGCUGGGUGAGGAUGCAAAUGAUAUACGCAUGGAGGGAAGACGAGAUCAGAUUGGAUGGGGACAGACUCGUGGCACAAUCAGCAACCCAGAGGGGCGGAAUGGUAUCGGUGGUGGCAGUGGAACAGAACUGCUGAGAUACUCUCAGAGAUGAGUCAAAUGAGAGGCCGAUGAAUGGCAAAACACCAAAACACCCAAUUAAUAACAGAAAUCGUUGCUUUCUUCUGCAGGACUUGUCAAGACAAAAUUUCUUCCGAUAUAUAGGUUCCUCUGAAUUCAAAUACUCGCAUUUAUUUUCAAUGUCCA